GCAUUACGAAUCUCGUUGGCCUAAGCAGUAUCACACAUCUUCUUCAAGAAAAGAAUGAUGAGUACUGAGAUAUUCUUGAGCUGGAUUUUGAAAUCUCUCUGCCGAGUUCGAGAAAAAAAAAAGAUUAAUUCAAUGAUGGAUAACUAAUCAGAAAUCCUCAUAAAUAAAGGUGGGCUCCCUCCCCACCUCUUCGAUGUCUGGUGAAGAUGAUGAAUUGAAUAAGACAACACAAAUUCAUCACUGUAUAAAAACACCAAUUCCAUCAAAAUUUAGACACACAUUGUUUUCUGCAAUCGAGAUUCCUCAGCCAUGAGCUGUUGGAGCGGCGACGACGUCAUCGGCUGGUUCGAGGCGGCCGCGGAGGCGGCCGCCGCGCGGCAGACGGAGACGCUCCGCCGCAUCCUCGAGCGGAACCGCGCGGCGGAGUACCUCCGGAAGUGGCUGGGCGACGCCGACGUACAACACCUCGAAGCGUCGGCAUUGGAAUCGCUCUUCACCUCGUCGGUGCCCCUCGCGUCUCAUGCAGAUUUGGAGCCCUACAUUCGGAGAAUCGCCGACGGCGAAACGACGCCGCUGCUCACUCAAGAGCCCAUCACCACUCUCUCGUUGAGUUCUGGUACAACGGAGGGAAGGCCGAAGUACGUGCCCUUCACGCGCCACAGCUCGGAGACGACGCUUCAAAUUUUCAAGCUCGCCGCGGCGUAUCGAUCAAGGGUGUACCCGAUCAGGGAAAAAGGGAGAGUUCUCGAGUUCAUAUACAGCAGCAAGCGAUACAAGACCAAGGGCGGGAUAACGGUGGGGACCGCGACGACGCACGUCUACGCGAGCGAGGAGUUCAAGAUGAAGCAGCAACAGACCAAGUCCUAUACAUGUAGCCCCCAAGAGGUGAUCUCUAGUGGAGACUACAAGCAAUCAACCUAUUGCCACCUCCUCCUCGGCAUCCACCACUCCGAUCGGGUCGAGUAUGUGACCUCAACGUUCGCGUACAGCAUCGUGCAAGCAUUUAGGUCGUUCCAAGAGGUGUGGAGGGAGAUUUGCAACGACAUUCGGGAGGGGACCCUGAGUUCCAGGGUUACCAUCCCGGAUGUGCGGAGGGCCGUCCUGGAGGUCCUCCGCCCGAAUCCCGGCCUGGCCUCAAGAGUCGAGGCCAAGUGCCAGGAUCUAGAAAGGAGGGAUUGGGUGGGCCUAAUUCCUGAGCUAUGGCCUAAUGCCAAAUAUGUGUAUUCAAUCAUGACAGGAUCAAUGCAACCCUAUUUGAGCAAGCUCUCACACUAUGCAAAGAAUUUAGCCCUAAUUAGUGCGGAAUACGGCUCCACCGAGAGUUGGAUUGGGGUGAAUCUGGAGCCGUGUACACCACCGGAUAAGGUCACGUUUGCCGUUAUACCCACAUUUUCGUACUUCGAGUUCAUACCUCUCCAUCGGCAGAGCCACGGCGGCCCCGACGACUUCGUCGAGGACGAUCCCGUGCCACUCUCUCAAGUCAAAAUUGGACAGGAGUACGAGAUUGUGCUAACAACUUUCACAGGGCUCUACCGGUACCGGCUAGGAGACGUGGUCGAGGUGGCCGGGUUCUACCGCAACACCCCGAAGCUGAGCUUCAUCUGCCGGAGGAAGCUCAUCCUGACCGUGAACAUCGACAAGAACACGGAGAAGGACCUCCAGUCGGUGGUGGCGAGGGGCUCCCAGAUCCUCCGGAGCACGGGGGCCGAGCUGGUCGACUUCACGAGCCACGCGGACGUGGGGAAGCAGCCGGGGCACUACAUAAUCUACUGGGAGAUCGAGGGCGAGGUGGAGGAGGGCCUCCUGGGCGAGUGCUGCCGGGAGAUGGACGCGGCCUUCGUGGACCAGGGCUACGUCGUGUCGAGGAAGAGCAACUCGAUCGGGCCGUUGGAGCUGUGCAUCGUCGAGAAAGGGACGUUCAAGAAGAUCAUGGAGAAUUUCAUAGCAAAUGGGGCGGCAUUGAGCCAGUUCAAGACGCCGAGGUGCACUAGCAACCCUGUUUUGCUUAGGAUUUUGAAUGUUUGUACCAUUAAGAGGUUCCACAGCACUGCCUAUGCAUCCUAGAGAUUUGAUGGGUUGGAUUGGGCCUUGUUUUGAUGAUUAGGAGAGGGGAAUUGUGGAGAUCGGGAGUGAGAUUCGAACUCGUGAUCUUUUAGGUCGUGAAGUCAAGUCGUCUAUUUAAAUUUUUUUUUUCUAAAAGAAUUAAUAAUAGUUCCCCAUUCUCCCCGUGAGGAUUCGAAUUC